GAGAAGCAGCUGGCGGAAACGCAGAACCGGCUUAUGGUGACGGCUGUUUCCGGUCGGAGUGAGGCUGGGCGGUCCGAGGGGACUCUGCAAGGCCGGAGUGCAGACCGGAGGAUUUGUCGUCUCUCCCAUGGCCACCUCACAGACUUCGCAGACGGUUGCAGCGCACGUCCCCUUCGCAGAUUUAUGUUCCACAUUGGAACGAAUACAGAAAAGUAGAGAGCGUGCAGAAAAGAUCAGGCACUUCAAGGACUUCUUAGAUUCUUGGAGGAAAUUUCAUGAUGCCCUUCAUAAGAACAAGAAGGACGUUACGGACUCUUUUUACCCAGCUAUGAGACUUAUUCUUCCUCAGUUAGAAAGAGAGAGGAUGGCUUAUGGAAUCAAAGAAACCAUGCUCGCCAAGCUUUACAUCGAAUUGCUGAAUUUACCAAGAGGAGGUAAGGAUGCCCUGAAGCUCCUGAAUUACCGAACACCUAGUGGAGCUCGCACGGAUGCUGGGGACUUUGCCAUGAUUGCGUACUUCGUGUUGAAGCCACGGUGCUUACAGAAAGGAAGCUUAACCAUACAGCAGGUGAAUGAACUCUUAGACUUAGUUGCCAGCAAUAAUUCUGGCAAAAGAAAAGACCAAGUGAAAAAGAGCCUUCUCCAGUUAAUAAGCCAAAGUUCAGCACUUGAGCAAAAGUGGCUGAUUCGCAUGAUUAUCAAAGACUUAAAGCUUGGUGUCAGUCAACAAACUAUAUUGAACGUUUUUCAUAGUGAUGCUGUUGAAUUGCACAAUGUCACCACAGAUCUGGAAAAGGUCUGUAGGCAACUUCAUGACCCCUCUGUGGGGCUCAGUGAUAUCUCCAUCACUCUCUUUUCUGCCUUUAAGCCAAUGCUAGCUGCUGUAGCAGAUGUGGAGCGUGUGGAAAAAGACAUGAAGCAUCAGAGCUUCUACAUCGAAACCAAGCUGGAUGGCGAGCGGAUGCAGAUGCACAAAGACGGGGAGGUGUAUCGGUACUUCUCCAGAAAUGGCUACAACUACACUGAUCAGUUUGGUGCCUCUCCACAGGAAGGCUCGCUCACUCCAUUCAUUCAUGGUGCAUUCAGGGCAGAUGUGCAGGUGUGCAUCCUUGAUGGCGAGAUGAUGGCCUACAACCCGACCACACAGACCUUCAUGCAGAAGGGCAUCAAAUUUGAUAUCAAAAGGAUGGUCGAAGAUUCUGACCUGCUGACGUGUUACUGUGUUUUUGAUGUGUUGAUGGUUAAUAAUAAGAAGCUAGGGCGUGAGACCCUGAGGAAGAGGUAUGAUAUCCUGAAUGAUACUUUUACACCCAUCCCAGGCCGAAUAGAAAUAGUGCAGAAAAAUCAAGCUCAUACAAAGAAUGAAGUAGUGGAUGCAUUAAAUGAAGCCAUAGAUAACAGAGAGGAGGGCAUCAUGAUUAAACACCCUCUGUCCAUUUACAAGCCAGACAAAAGAGGCGAAGGUUGGCUAAAAAUUAAACCAGAGUAUGUCAAUGGAUUAAUGGAUGAAUUAGACCUCUUAAUUGUGGGGGGCUACUGGGGUAAAGGCUCACGAGGUGGCAUGAUGUCUCACUUUCUAUGUGCAGUGGCAGAGACACCCCCUCAUGGUGAGAGGCCAUCUACCUUUCACACCCUGUGCCGCGUUGGGUCAGGAUACACCAUGAAAGAACUCUAUGAUCUUGGCUUGAAACUGGCCAAAUACUGGAAACCCUUUCAUAGGAAAUCUCCACCAAGUAGCAUUUUAUGCGGGACAGAGAAGCCAGAAGUGUACAUCGAGCCCUGUAACUCUGUUAUUGUUCAGAUUAAGGCAGCAGAGAUUGUCCCCAGUGACAUGUACAAGACUGGCUCCACGCUGCGCUUCCCACGCAUCGAGAAGAUCAGAGAUGACAAAGGGUGGCAUGAGUGCAUGACUCUGAGUGACUUGGAAGAGCUGAGGGGGAAAGCGUCUGGGAAGCUUGCCACGAAACACCUUCACGUAGGUGAUGAUGACGAACCUAGAGAAAAGAGGCGGAAACCCGUCUCCAAAGUGAAGAAAAGUGUUGGAAUUAUUGAACACUUGAAAGCACCUAACCUUUCUAACAUAAGCAAGGUUUCUAACGUAUUUGAAGAUGUUGAGUUUUGUGUGAUGAGUGGGUUAGAUGGUCAUCCGAAGUCCGACCUAGAGAACAGAAUUGCAGAAUUUGGUGGUUAUAUAGUGCAGAAUCCAGGCCCAGAUACGUACUGUGUGAUUGCAGGGUGCGAGAACAUCAGAGUGAGAAACAUUAUCUCUUCAGAUCGACAUGAUGUUGUCAAGCCUGAGUGGCUUUUAGAGUGUUUUGAAACAAAAACGUGUGUGCCAUGGCAACCUCGCUUUAUGAUUCACAUGUGCCCAUCAACAAAGCAGCAUUUUGCCCGUGAAUAUGAUUGCUAUGGUGAUAGCUAUUUUGUUGAUACCGAUUUGGAUCAACUAAAAGAAGUGUUUUUAAGAAUUAAGAAACCCAGUGAGCAGCAAACUCCAGAAGAAAUGGCCCCUGUGAUUGCUGACUUAGAAUACCGUUAUUCCUGGGACCACUCUCCUCUCAGUAUGUUUCGACAGUGCACCGUUUAUCUCGACUUGUAUGCUGUUAUUAAUGACUUGAGUUCCAAACUUGAAGCAAUGAGAUUAGAUGUCACUGCACUUGAGCUGCGGUUUGGUGGAGCAAAGGUAGUUUCCUGCUUAUCUGAGGGGGUAUCUCAUGUAAUCAUAGGGGAAGAUCAGAGAAGAGUUGCAGACUUCAAAGCUUUCAGAAGAACUCUUAAGAAAAAGUUUAAAAUUGUGCAUGAACGUUGGGUGACUGAUUCAGUAGACAAGUGUGAAUUGCAGGAGGAAAAUCAGUAUUUGCUUUAGGGCUAGCUAUCCAGGGAAAACAUUGGUUGUGUCAGACAACAGCAGACGGUAAUGAUGAAACAGCCAAAGACAUUCAUUUUCUCUCUUAAAUACUUCAAUUACAGCGUUAGUGACUCGGAGACAGUUUUUAGAUAGAAAAGAAACUGAAUGGGCCAGAGCCUAAAACAAUGUUUCCUAAUAAUGACUUUUAGCCAUGGCACAAUGAGCUUCAAGAGGUGUGUGUGUGUGUCCAUAUAGAAGCUAGAGUUUGGAUUCAGAUAUUAGUAAAGUGGAUUUGGAAGCUUUUAGAAUCAUCACAGCUAUUGACUUUCUAAACAGAAUUUUCCAGAGUUAAGAACUAUAAUUAUUUUAACUAAUAAAAGGAUUAUUAAAAAAAUCAGAGUUGUUACAAUUAGACUUAUAAAAUAAGUCUUUUUAUUUGAGGGCUCAAAUGCCUUCAAGCAUGAAGUAUUUUAAUAAACAGUUUUUAAGGUUAUGGCCAAAUGAAUUAAUAAGUAGAUUUCUUUUGAUAAUGUGGGGGAGGUUAAAAGAGAAUCAUCUAAACACUAGACACUUGAGAUGUUAAUUGAGUUGAUUGAAAAAAAAAACCUUGCAAUUUUAAAUUUAACUUUUCUGAAAUAGGACAUGCUUGAUAGAGAAAUGUUUUUUGUGAAUUUGCACUACCGCAUUAACAAAGUUCAUGGAGCUUGUCUCCUCUGGUCGUCCUCUAAGGAGGUGUCCAUAGAGUGAGUGAGCUGUGACUUUCCUUAGAGACCAGGUGCUUUGACUUUAGAGAUGGCUUUUAUAGUUAGGUUGACAUCACAGUCAGGUGUGUAUUAUACCUGUGUUCAGAAAUGAACUUACGUGGCAGCACUGAGGUGGAAGAGUGUCGGACCUGACGUGAUGGGUAUAAAUUAUUUGAAGUCGUCUUCUUUUUGAAGUAAUUGAGUAAGUGUGGUUAUUACAAAUAAAGUGAUUAAAUAUUUAAUGUAAUACCAAAAUUAUGUUCUUUUAUUUUAAAUCAAUUCAUCAUAGUUCUUUGAUUCAGAUUUUAUCGUGUUAUUACACUCUGUGUCUUUGUGUGAGGUGGGGGUCCAGAAUGACCUUGAAUGUACAGUAGUGCCAGUGUGAGUCCCCAAGCACUGAAGUUACAGGCAUGGGCCAUCACUCUGUCUCAGUGACUUUCAGACUAGCUCCAGUUGUGUCCCUUCUGGGAGCCGGUGUGUUUCACAUUACCAAGUGCACCAUAGUGAUUUAAGCCUGUCCUUCCUCGAGUUUAUAAAGGCAUAUUCCAAAGUGCAAGUGUAGUCAAAGGUUUAUAAUUCUCCUACUAAAGGUAAUAUUUGUUUAUGGUAUUCAUGGUAAGGGAGCCAUAAAGCCACUAUUUAGGCUAACAACACUAAAGCUUACUAUGUUUUAUUUAUUUUUUCAGUAAGUUGUGAGAAUAUUUGCAAGCCAUAAAAGUAUACCUCAUCAUUUUUCAUUGCUGCAUAGAGCUCCGCUGAGUACACUUAAUGUCCCUUAUCACCUGUGUCAUCCUCUAAGUUAGCUCCUCAUAUUCCAUUCACACUUUCCUUUUCCUGUCAAGUAGUGUGGUAAUUCUUUGACCUGGUUGGUGGGCUUGUGUGGUGGCUCUAAUCUUGGUGGUCCAUUUGACUGCAUCUGGAAUCAACUAAACACAAGCUGCUGGGCACUGCUGUGAGGGGAUUUUAAAGCAGGAAGACUCACUCUAAAUGCAGGUGACAGCUUCUGGUGGCAGUCCAGAUAAAAGGACACCGAUGAUGGAAACUGCUUUUCCUUCACUGUUGCUGGCAAGUUCAUCUGUCCCUCUCCUGUGUUAGAACCCACUUGUUGAGGAUUCUCACGUAGGGUGAAGACCAUCAGUUCAGGAAUCCUCCCAGCAUCCAGUGCCACAUAGGGACCGCUGAAACAUCCAGCUUCAUGGACUAAUGACUUCUAGAUUCAUAACCUCCAGGAUGAGGUGGCCAUUGUUGGCCUACCUGAAACAUUUCCGAUACUUGAGUCUAAUAAAUCUCUUUUCAGUACAUGGA